CACUGACGAAGCCAUCUCAGCCAAUUUCGAUUGGAGAAUCCGGCAUUCUUCUCUACAUAUGCUGGCUCCCAUUCCGGAGUGAACACGGAGUCGAAACCGAGCACCGCCAAAAAUCGCAUGGCAAGCUUGUGGCGUCUGCCAUCUCUGCGGCGCGCUCAUUGCCCGGUCCUCAGCCAUGGACACACCCUGUCAUUCAUAACAUUGCGUUACCACGACCAGAAUUUCACGCGUGCUCAAAACAUCAUCCGGCAUCUUAGCACGAUAGGUACCACUCAACGCGUGGACCAAUUUUGUAUGCGCAAAGAGGCUUUGAGGAGGCCACUGGCGGUCAAAGUCUCAUACUUGGUCCCUGAUCCGAUCGCCUUGGAAGCUUUGAAGAACAACAAUGCGAAUCCCCUCUCUGUGUGGCAGGCAUCUGUUGCGCGCGGCUCGGCCACUGUUACCACUGCUGUCCAAUGUUUAGCCGCAUAUCUCCAUACCUUGGAAGGCAUGGGACAGGGUGAUGUGCAACAAAAAGUACAAGCGGACGAGACCGGCAGAAGAUUGCUGCGAUGGCUUUGGCUGGACAUUGAUCGAUCGGACGAAACAAAAUAUAGACGUCACAUCCACGACGCCAUGAACCAUCCUGCAUUUCUGUUCGAACUUGCAUAUCUGUUGAUCGAGGAAGGCAACGAAAAGUACUUGUGGGACUGGAUGCAGACCGAUGCGAAAGAAUACGACGACCCUAUCACGUAUACUGCUCAUUUCUCUGCACAGGAGAGUAAGAGCCGUGCCGGGGGGCACUUCAAUUGGCGCGGAACACUCUUGAGAAGUAUCAUUCGAGCGAGACUUCAUCAGGCACGUGAAUAUCGACUCUUGUCCGCCGACAAUGCGCUUCGGGAUUUCUGGACUGCUCACGAUUUGAGAGCUCGCUUCCCUAGCGGCUCCGUCCAACGUAAAAUGUCGCUGACACCAGCCGUGGUGGAACUGUGCAACAACAUAACGGUUCCCGAAUUCAGAAACACUGACCCAGUCCAAUGGGACCGGUUUCGAAUGUUUGUCGAAUACUACGACCGCUACAAGACCCAGCGGUUGACCAAAUUGGCAUGCGCACGAUUGGAUAUGUAUCAUCCGAAAUCGCCGGAUUUAGCGUCCGCUAUGCGCAUUGUCAGAGGUUUCCCAGAACAAAUUACUGCCAAUUCUCCAACGCGUAGUGACCUCACUUUUCAUAAUCAUCUAGAGGCCCUCUUGUGCAAUACCAAGGUGUUGGCAGCCAGAAUGGGUAUGUUAGCUGAGCGGGAUGAGAUUGAGGCCCUUCAUGCCCGUUUGAUGCAAGAGUGGAAGCCACAUAUUUGGCAGUAUAGAUACGGGACUGGAAACGAGAAUCAGCUUGUACGACGUGUGUACAGAGGUUGAUGAGCAGCGUGGAAGCAGAAGUAUCUUUGCAGAUCUACACACUGGGCCGGCAACCAUAUGUCCAGUUUUAUGCCCCAGGUUUUGACCGAUUAGUCGAAUUCUUUCAGACGCUCGGAUUGAUCGAUCGAAAGGCCUCAAUAGCGGUUCCUCUGCAAUACUCGCUGCAUUGGAAAAGCCUCGGCCCAGAAUCAGUCAGCAUCAA